CUCUCCUCGUACGAACUACGACGAAUCCCAAAUUCCCGCCAACCCUCGAUCAAGGGCAAAUAAAUUUCUUUAUCCAUAGUUUCAAUGACGAUUCGAAUUCCAAAUAACCCCUAAUUUGCUUCAAACAUUCUCUGAAAAUCCCAGAUGCAGGUUCCAGUUCCGUCUAUCAUCACGUUAAAUCUGAUUUCUGAAGUUUCGCGAGCGUAAUCGCUCUGUUAAUUUCAUCCACUUCCCCAAGUUUGUCGCUCAUAGCAUGGAUGUGGGCGACCUUAACAAAGUCUGGGAAAUCAAAGCCCUGAAGAAGAAGGCUGGCGAGAAAGAAGCGAGGGAGAUUCUGGAGAGAAUUGCCAAACAAGUCCAACCCAUUAUGCGUAGACACAAAUGGCGAGUCAAGGUUCUUUCGGAAUUCUGCCCAAAAAAUCGAGCACUUUUAGGAUUAAAUGUGGGACGUGGAAUUCAUGUGAAGCUGAGGCUUCGAAGGCCAAAUAGGGAUGAAGACUUCAUCCCCUUCAAUCAAGUCUUGGAUACCAUGCUGCAUGAACUUUGCCACAAUCUCCAUGGUCCUCACAAUGCCAAUUUCUACAAGCUGUGGGAUGAACUGAGAAAGGAAUGUGAGGAGUUGAUGGCUAAGGGAAUUAGUGGCACAGCACAGGGAUUUGAUCUCCAAGGUAGGCGUUUGGGUGGUAAUUCGCGACAACCCCCUCUUUCUUCCCUCCGCAAAUCUGCCCUAGCUGCUGCAGAAGGAAGAAGACGUUUAGGAUCUCUACUUCCAUCUGGACCUAAACGGCUUGGUGGUGAUAGUAACAUCAUGGUUGCGCUUAGUCCAGUACAAGCUGCUGCAAUGGCUGCAGAAAGGAGGCUUCAGGAUGAUAUUUGGUGUGCUUCAAUUCAAGAAAUUCCUGUAGAUGAGGAAUGUUGCUUUGAUAUUCCAUCAGAAGCAGUGCAUUCGUGCGAAGCAGGUAAACCGGGACCCUCUAGCAAUUUAAGAAAUGGUGUGGAUGCAUUACACCAUAAAAGAUGUCGUGAUUUGGGUAGCAGUUCUACUAAUAAGGCUUCCAAUGGUCAUUUGAAACCUGAUUUUGUGGAUUUAUCUGAAGAUGUUUCAAUCCAUGGGUCCACUGCUGACUAUGAUGCAGAAUCAAAUAAGCGAAGUAAAAUGUCAAAUAGGGUUCCAUUUCCUCAAUCUUGUGCAGAAACUAGCUCAAAAGUUUUGUCCUGUUCAUCCUCUAAUUUGAUGCAAAGUCAUGAUGGAACUCAUCAUCAUCCCGGAGAACUUUCCAUGUGGGAGUGUGGGAAUUGCACCUUACUGAAUCCCCCACUAGCUCCACUAUGUGAGCUUUGUUACUCACAAAAGCCAAAAGAUGCUGAUACCAAGUACGAACUCUGGUCAUGUAAAUUCUGCACCUUAGAAAACAGUGUGAAGUUGGAGAAAUGCUCAGCAUGUGAUCAAUGGAGAUAUUCUCAUGGCCAGCCAGUGUCAACUCGAGCACCGAAUCUUGGCACCUGAGUACCCUUUUGUAAGACUUCUAAACACAUAAUUUAGUUGAUCACUAAGAAAAUUAAGUUGCAUUUUGCCCUCUGAAAUUUGGGGUGCUUCUAUUUCAUUUCUCCCACGAGACCUAGCCAUUUUGUCAUGGAAACUGCAUAUGCAUUUUCUAUGAAGUGUAGAAACAGUUGCACAUACUUUGUGUAAAUUUUCCUCCCCUCAGUAACUGAUGCGGUUAAGUUUGAUGUCUUCCUUAUUCCUUGGUUCAACUCAAUAUAUAGUCAGAGCAGCCUGAGUCUGAGGAAACAUAUGCAUGAAAUCUAAGGAACUUUUUGUCGUCCCCUCUGAAAUUGAUUACUUUUUCAAGCUUCAUAGAAAAUUGUUCUAUUGUUGAAAAUUGGUUACUUACUGUCACAUUGUAUCAAAAAGAAUUAACCAGCUGACAAUUCAAUAAGACCUU